AUGAAGUUCUUGGCAUUUUCAGCUCUCAUUCUCGGUCUCAUGGACGCUGGUACUAUGGCUUAUAACAACAUCGGGAGAUGUGAGACGAGCGACAACCGCUGCUACUUCCCUGACCGCACCAGCUCUCCAUGCCACAGCGAAGCCCCUUGCCUCAGACCAGGCUACACUUGCACCUUACUAGGUUCCAUGGUCCAGUGCAGCGAGCGGGCCUUCAAGUUCCGCGACCCCCUUGGCUCUCCCCGAGGUUCUCAACGGGGUGCUCAGCAGGGAGUCGGCGGUCGUGCUCGGCGUACACAGGGCCGCCGCCCCAAAGACAGCAGAUGA